UCUGGAAGCUGGGGGAUGCUCGGAUUCAUCCCUGAUAUUAUCGCUCAGUUGAUAAGGAUCGCGCGGUUUGGCCGCUUUGUCCAUUGGGUGGUGGUUUUUAGCAAGAAAAAUUAAGGAUAUCCAGGUCUGGUGUUGCACCUCUUCCAGUGAAGAUGCCAUGACGAGCAACGGCGAGAGCCGGGAGGUUCUUCAAAUUAUCACAUCUUGCAAUAACGUCGCUCCUCGCAAAAGGGAGAAGAGCAGCGAUAUGGGGGCACUAAGUCGCGAGGAGCGAAGACGAAGACGCAGAGCCACCCAAAAAUAUAGAACAGCACACGCAACCAGGGAACGAAUUCGAGUGGAGGCUUUCAAUGUGGCUUUCGCCGAAUUGCGAAAAUUACUACCGACUUUACCACCCGAUAAAAAAUUAUCAAAGAUCGAGAUUUUGCGCUUGGCGAUUUGCUACAUUGCUUAUUUGAACCACGUCUUAGAUGCGUGAUUAAACAAUUUUUGUUACCAAAAACUACCCUUAUCCGAAACUGGAAAUAAAUCUGUUUUGUUAAAAAUGUAAA